AUGGGGUUGCGGCCACAGAUUCAGCCUGGGGCGCCGGUGCUGCAGGGGCAGCCGAUGGCGCAGGCACCGGCUGGGGUCGUCGACUGUAGGUCCGUGGGAACGGAGCCACAGGAAGGCCAGGCGGGGGCACGUGACCACACCCGCCCGGUGGACUAUAAUUGCAGUGUGGAGUAUCAUGCAACCCAUUUCUUGGUGCAUGAAGCCAAGGCAAGAAUGGGCCAGAAGGGCACAAUGACGCUACGGAUCGAUACCAUAGAUCGUAGCUCGUCAAGAUGGAAAGGUGCUGAUGUGCUUGUGUUCAACUCUGCUCUUUGGUGGUCACGUCAUAAAACAAAUGAUGGGAACAACUUGAGAAUUGUUGCUGUCUCCUCUAUGGAGCAUUUGGUUGUAAGAUUUACCACUGAUUUCAGUGGAGGAGAGUGGAAUUCAGGGGGACACUGCAGAGAGAGCACACUAGGCCCUAAUGACAGUCGUGUAUGGCCAAUGCCCGAGAUAAACGUGAUGCUUGAACAAGUCUCAAAGCAAAUGAAGAAUCCUGUGACAAUUCUGAACAUCACUGAUCUAUCCAGGCUAAGAAUGGAUGGUCACCCAUCUGUUUAUCGACGGAAGGGAGUAGAUUUAACAGCAUCGAGUGGCCAGGACUGCAGCCAUUGGUGCCUUCCUGCAGUCCCAGACACAUGGAAUGAGCUGCUGUUCUACCAUCUAGUGUCCUCACGAGAAUAG